AUGUCUUCAGGACCAGAAGCCUUGUCGUUCUUUGUCCUUGCUGUAGCAAGCUAUACUUUCUCUGCUGUUAUGAGUGAUACUGGUCCUUUCACAGGAUCAGCUAGCGAAAUAGCUGUGCCAAUGCUAAUAGUAGACGACAUUUCUUCAAAGUACGUUCGCCAUCUCUCAGUUAUUUCCUGUGGUCUUCUUAAC